GAGCAACUCGUAUGAUGUGCGCCCUGCGGUCUGGGCUGCUGACGCAGACGCACGACCUGGCCGGAGUAAAACGCUUCUCCCUUCCUUAUCGACCAUACGCAAAGUCGUCAAAUGGAGGCGACCUUCAGUGUUGAAAACCAGGCUCUCCUAUCCUACUUCUAAGCAAUCCAUUGCUAUAUCUCCCCAACGUCCACCAAAGAAAAGACAAACAAUGGAGAGCGCCAUUGUGCCUCAGGCGAAGGAGCUAUCUGUCCUUGUCGUCGGCGCCGGAAUCGCAGGCCUCUGCGCGGCGAUCGCGCUCCGUCGAGCCGGACACAGAGUAAAGAUCCUGGAACGGUCGGCGCUGCUCGACGAGAUCGGCGCGGCCAUCACGCUCGCGCCGCACGCGGUCAGGAUCUUCCGGUCGUGGGGCCUGGACGGCGCCAGAGAGGCCGCGGCCAGGCUCAUCCCGCGCCUGGGCCAGACGUUCAUCGACAGCGCGACGCUGGCGGAGCUGGCGCCCACGGACCGCACCAACUUCGCGGCCGAGUACGGGGCGCCGUACCUGUUCGCGCACCGCGUCGACCUGCACGCCGCACUGCGGGCGUUGGCGACCGGUCCCGACGGGGCCGGGAGGCCCGCCGAGCUGCGCACGUCCUGCACCGCGGUGGACUACGACGCGGAGACCGGGCGGGUCAGGGUCGCCGAGACGACGACGGAGGACGGCUGGGAACCCGCGGUCGACCUCGUCGUCGCCGCCGACGGCGUGCACUCGAGGGCCGCCUCGCAUGUGCUGCCGGGCGGCCACGAGGCUAACCCGCCGGCGGUGGCGCCGCGCGCGACCAACAGCACGGUGAUCCGGUUCCUGAUCCCGACGCGCGAGAUCCUCGCGGAUCCGCUCACGGCGCCGCUGCUCCAGCGGUACGGCGAGGGCCACUGCUCGUUCUACCUGCACGCGGACCGGCAGCGGUGGCUGGUGCGGUACCCGUGCCGGGCGAACACGCUGCAGAACUUUGGCAUGUACGUGGAGCGGGCGCCGGCGCCGGGUGAGUCCGCCCAGCGGAGCCAGCAACAGCGCGUGUCGCCGGCCGACCUGCGCGCCGCCAUGGCGGGAUUCCACCCGGCGCUGCUCCGCCUCUGCGACAUGGCUGGCGGCAGCGGCGGCGGCAGCAGCAGCAGCAGCAACACCAUCCUACCGCUGUGGCGGUGUGCGGAGCGCGACCCCUUGCCCAACUGCCAGCGCGGCAAGCUCGUCGUCAUCGGCGACGCGUCGCACCCCAUGCUGCCGCAUCGCGGGUUCGGCGCCGUCAACGCGAUCGAGGACGCCGCGGCGCUGGGCGUGCUCUUUGAGGACUUUGCCGUCGGGGAUCAUACGGCCGCGAACACCACCGCUACAGCUACCGCUACCGCAUCGACCGGGCACUCACAGCGGGACACAAAGUCGGCUCCCCCAGCGCCAUUAUCUGUCUCCGACCUGCUCGAAACGUUCCAGAAAGUCCGGCUGCCCCGCGCCUCCAUCGCGCAGCUUUACUCGCAGGUCGAGACGAACAAGGACCCGACCAUCGAACGGCGAGAAGAGGCCCUGAAGCUGCUGCCGGAGGACGAGUUGCCUAGUAAGCAUACCGAAUUCCUCACAGCAUAACCUAUCCCACACGUUUCCCCCUGCCCUUACACCUCCUCGUAUCUCCACACCUCCCGCAUCCAACACAUAUCGGUGGCUGAUCCAUUGAACACAGAAAAUACAGACGAAGUCGUCCGCUGGGUCUUCAGUUAUGAUGUUGUCGAGGCAACUCGCCGAGCCAAGCAACGUUUACUCGAGACCAAGGGUGUGUCUCUACAGCAAUGACUUCAAGCCGGGGUUCUCUCAUUUCCACUGUCGUAUCGCCACCACUGUAUCCAGAAGCCAUCAGGCCUCUUGCACUACUUGGCUGGCACGGAGUCACUCCUACCGAGAAGCGAUGGAAUCCAGAACUAAUUUCAAGGAUUGUAAUUGAAUGCACGUUCCUGAUACCAUACGUGCCAUCGAUGGUUAGCCUUAUGUACGCUAUUUACUUGAAUACAACAUGUGGCGAAGUCCGUCGGCGGACAGAACCUUCAAUAUCCCUAG